AUGGGGGUUAGAGGCUGGAGGGACCCGCUGCUGCUGCUGACCGCCCUGGCCCUGGUCCUGGGCCACGUCCAGCAGUGGGAUGGCUUCCGGGAGAUGCCCAUGAGCAGGAAGAACAAGAACGCCACGCUCACCUUCUUCAUCCAGUCCUACAAUAACGCCAGCAAUGACACCUACUUAUUUCGAGUCCAGAAGCUAAUUCAAAGUCAGAUGCAGCUGACGACAGGGGUAGAAUAUAUGGUCACCGUGAAGAUCGGCCGGACCAAGUGCAAGAGGAACGAGACAAAAAAUCCCUUCUGCCCUCUGCAAAAGAAGACUCUGAAGAAGAGCCUGAUCUGCAAGUCAUUGAUCUACACGGUGCCCUGGGUGAACUACUACAAGCUCUGGAACACCUCCUGCCUGGAUCCCUGA